CGUGCACGAGAUGUUAAGUCAGUGCAUGAGAAGCUUCCGAGUAGCAUCUUAGGGAAAAUCAAAUAUAUCCUUUUGUCGACAUGAAUACAUUGGUAAUUGCUUUGUGCGCCUUAGUGGCAGUGGCGAUUGCCGGCCCCGUUGGCCAGACCACCCCCGUUGACACCAGCCCAAUCCCCAUUCUUAAACACGCCUUGGACGGGCCCAACCCCGACGGAUCCUACAACUACAGCUACGAGACCGGCAACGGUAUUCAGGCUCAGGAGGAGGGUCAUCUCAACAAUGCCGGUAGCGACGGCGAAGCCCUGGAGGCACAUGGCAGCUUCAGCUUUACUGACGCCGACGGCCAGACCUUCCAAAUCUCGUACAUAGCCAAUGAGAAUGGAUUCCAGCCAGAGGGUGCUCACUUGCCCACCGCGCCCCCGGUGCCACCUCAAAUCCUAAAGGCCCUUCAGUACAUCGCCGAACACCCCCAGGAGAACGAAGAGGUUUAAAGGAUAUCGAGAGAGGUUCUGUGACGGAUGGAGGAGAGAAUCGGCGAGACAAAGGCGAAUCUCGAGAAGAUGAGACGAUCGAAAGAAGCCUGGAGCGGAACCGAUCGUAAUCGCAUCAAGGUUCGACGGAUAUUCGAUCCCUGUGUAGACCAACGAUCUUGCCCUUCGUGAUUAUUUUUAUAUUUAUACAUGCUCAUAUAAUUUUUAAAACUUUUUUUGUACAACAUCUGUAUAUGAAUCCCGAUGAUGUGCUGUAAAUAAAUUUCGUUGCUGUGCAA